CAAGCACACGGAGAGGCUUUGACUCUGGAAUCUCUCCUGCAGUAUCUGCUGGUGUAUGAAUGAACCGGUGUGUCUCCUGCGUAAUCUUGGAAAAUGGUGGGACUCUCAUCCACUGCUGUCAAGGCAAUGGAGGUGUUGGUGAGUGAGCUGGGCGUCCUGCUGAAGAUGCUGGACCAGGAGAACCUCAGCUCCUCCACGCAGGAGAAGAAGACCUCCGUGUGGAACCUCCUGCAGCAGAUGCAGCCAUCAGUUUCAGGAACAGACUACAUCUACAUGAACUCAGCAGUGUUCAGAAAUGGCACCAGCUUCGUAGAGUCACUCUUUGAGACAUUUGACUGCGAACUUGGAGACCUCAAGGAUGUUACAGAUGAUCUAAAAGAAGACAAGAACACCCAGACUGACACUUUAAAACAGCAGAACUGUACAGACUCCCCAGCCCCACGCUCAGCGGACUCUCCUCCCCCUCUGCCCACAACACCUCCUCCAGAGGAGUAUUAUGAGGAGGCUGUGCCCCUCAGUCCUGGCAAGUUGCCCGAGUACAUCAUCACACGAGUCAGGCCUAGCCCUCCCAACUCUAUAGAGGAUGGGUAUGAAGAUGCUGAAAACAACUACCCCACUACCUGCAUAAACACGCACCGCAAAAACUCCUCAGACAACGACUCUGAUGCUCUGAGCAGCUCCUACGAGUCCUACGAGGAGGACGAGGAAGAGAGGAGCCCUGGCGUCCGGCUCACUCAUCAGUGGCCCUCGGAUGAGAGCUGCAUGCCUCCUGCCAGGGACUGUCGCAUCUGUGCCUUCCUGCUGCGCAAGAAACGUUUUGGCCAGUGGGCGAAACAGCUCACCGUCAUACGGGAGAACAGACUGCAGUGCUACAAGAGUUCUAAGGACACAAACCCCUAUGUGGACCUGCUGCUGCCCCAAUGCACCGUGGUCUAUGCACCCAAAGACAGCAAGAGGAAGCACCAUGAACUCCGUUUCACCCUACCCAAUGGAGAUGCACUGGUGCUGGCUGUACAAAGCAACGAGCAGGCCCACAGAUGGCUCAGGGUUGUUAGAGAGGUGAGCGGUCAGAGCGGCGGGCCUGAGGAAUCUGCGUCCCCCAUCAUUCCAAGAAAAAUUGAACUUGACAAGAGGCUAUCUGCAGAGAGGAACACAUCAGACUCGGACAGUGUGGGUGUGUCAACUGUAGAAAACAGCCGAGAGAAUGGCAAGGUGAAACGUGGGGCUUUCGCUGCGGGACGUAAAAUCACGCGUAUCAUCAGCUUCUCCAAGAAGAAGCCCCCUCGGCCAGGAGAUCCCCGGACCUCGUACACGGACCCUCGACAAGGCUACGUGUCGGUGCUGGUGAAUCAGGUGUGGCGGGAACAGUGGUGCUGUGUGUGCAGAGGCUCCCUGCACUUCUACAACGACAAAGGGGACACAAGAAUCUCCCUGCCUUCAAUUCCCCUCCACGGCUGCGAGGUGGUCCCGGGACUGGGACCCAAACAUCCCUUUGCCUUCCGAAUCAUACGGAACAACACGGAGGUGGUUGCUCUGGAGGCUAGCAGCUCUGAGGAGCUUGGGAGGUGGCUGGGCGUCCUCUUGGCAGAGACGGGCUCCACGACAGAUCCAGAGUCACUGCAUUACGACUACGUUGACGUGGAAACCAUCGCUAACAUCCGCGACGCUGCGCGGCAUUCCUUCCUGUGGGCCACAUCCUCCACCAGUACCCACACAGACUCCAGAACAUAUGAUGAGGUCCCUAAUGAGGACAUGCAGUCAGGGGAGAACCGCAGGCAGCAGUCUGGGAAUCAAGGGAAACGGCGCUCAAGUUUCUCCAGCAGCGACUCUGACAGAACCAAGCCUCUAGUCUCCCUCAAACGAACGGGCUCAAACGCCAACCAGUAUGGAAGGUAUGGGAAAACGCGAGCUGAAGAGGAUGCCAAGCGAUACACAAAGGAGAAAGUGGAGCUGGAAAGAGAGAGGGAUGGGAUACGAAAUGCACUCGUGAUCCUCCGGAAAGAGAAGAGCGAGCUGAAGGAGGAGCUGAAGACGGCCUCUGAGAGGAAGAAGUCCUCCCUGAACAAGCGUGUGUCCCAGCUGGAGGACGCCUGUCGAGAUAAAGAAGCAGCGAGAGUGGACCUGGAGCUCCGGCUGACUCAGGUCCAAGAAAACCUCAAGAAGAGUCUGGCCGGUGGAGCGCUGGGCACACCUGUUGAGGCUAAACCCCCAUUUAAGGCCUCCAAGAAAAAGACGCAGAAUAUCUACAGUGAGUCUUUACCAGUAAACUGUGCAGCAGAGAUGCGUCGGAGACCUCUAUCUGUUUAUGCUUCUUCAGGAACCGUCAUGCAGAAGGCAAAGGAAUGGGAGUCAAAGAAAGAGACCUAAGAGCAGCAUCAUGGAAAGGACGGGAGAAAGAAUGACUGGAUAUCUGACUAUUGUGACAUUUAGUACCACCAAAGGAUAACCUCCCAUCAAAACACCAGAGCACAGACUCCAACUGAGGAAAAGAACUGUAAUGAAAGAAAUCAGCCACUAGGUGGAGGUACAUCUCACUGAAUAUUUACUCUUCUGUCUUCCUAAAAGGACUUUUUCCAAAUGGGAGGAAGGACUGCUCACUGUCUGUAUCCAAGUAGGAAAGAGCAGAGAGUUUGUGCAAGAAAGACAUAAGAAAAGUUGAUUGAAAAGCACAUUGCAUAUUGUUAUAAUGGUAAGGCGACAAGGGAUGCGUUCUCAUCCGGUGUUGCAUACGGUGAAAUGUUUAAUAUUCAAGGUGCCAUGUGAGAAAUGUGAUGUGUUUGGGAAAUAAGUGGAUGGAGGUAGUUUAAGCCACAAUGUGCCUUUUAUAUUUUUCUGCCUGUACAGAGUGAGCAUUGACUACUGUUAUUAUGUUUUAUACUUUUAUACGUUUCUUUCUCAUCUUCGUCACUAGUCAUACCUGUCAGAGGUGUUCACUUUUGUGCCAUGGAGUGUGUUAUUAGCUUCUCCUCUCAGGUUGAAGCUGUGCUACACUGCAUAAAAAAAACUCUUAAAAAGACUCUUUUUGGCACAUUCCAAAAUACUUAAAUACUCCUGCUGGAGAUGAUUGAGUGACUAACAAAGUGGAGCUAUUCGGUGACACGAAUCAACCUUUUUUUUGAGUAGGACAACCUCCACCAUAUGUUAUUUUUAUCACCUCUUUUGCCGAACCUGUAGUUGACUUGUGCACUUUACUGUUCUCCUACCUGGAUAAGGGGAU